GGCUUUGGGGCUUCAUUCACCAUUUUGCGACUGUAGUGUAGAAUGUACAGGGCAGUAGUUUUUCCUCCUUUUAAGUUGCUUUGCCGGAGAAACAUAAACGGCCGCUAAUUGGCAACUGCGGACGAGUGGCAACCCUGCUCUAUUUUACCCGGCGGACUCAACAGAAAACCACUCUGGGGGACUAUAUUUGCUCUGGUGAGUAUAAGCUGCCCACAAAUCUUUCUCCUGCAGCACUGCAGUGGGGCUUGUUGUGCUUUUUUUUGCCGAGGUGCUAACGUUGUUCAUGUUUACUGUCUUAGCAGUUGAGCUGAUCGGCAUAUUUUCCGAUAUCUGUGUGGCCUACGGAGAGGAGUAGAGGGCGGAUUCGGUGUCUUGUGUGAAAAAAAGGGAGCGGUGCGGUUAGACAUAGUGAGCUUGAAACUUUUCCACUAGAAAUAAAUUCAACGCCAUAACUGCCGCUGGACUUCCGACAACAGCUGAUAUUCCGUGUGCGUUUUUAUCAAGGACUCCUCGCUUGUCAUUCCCUCUAACGCUGACAUGUUUUCUUCCUCUUUCUCAUGAAUCAACGUGGCCGCUUGAAUUAAUGUGUUUUCACGGGGCUUCGGAGGCCUGCUCCCCUGACUACUUUGUGGCCACAUAUUGAGACUUUCUCCUUCUUCUAUCACGUUUUCAAUAAUGCAAAUAACGACACGGGUAAUUACAAAGUUACCCGGACAGCUUCAGCUUUACUUUUACACGACUGUCACUUUCGGAUGGGCCGAGAAAACCCACUUUAUCCGCUGUUUGUCGUUGUGUUGUUGUGGAUUGACAAAGUUAACAUGUUCAUCCGUCAUGCAGCACAGGGAAUAUAGACCGUAUUACAUGGUAUUACGGGUCAAUAUGUCCGGUAAACCGGUUAUUUCCCGGUGACAGUGAGGAGAGGAUUUCCAAGCGGCCUUGUGUGUAGUUGAGGCCUGGUCGCUGCACGCCACGGCCUGCUGUGUUGUGGAGUAAAACUGGUAGUAAUCGGUGUACUACGAGGGCUUGACACAUACACGGUACUAUCCAGCUAAACCAGAGGUGACGACAUCUCCUCCUGUAGUUUGCAUUUUGUGCUUUGGGCCUCGUCGAGAUAAAGUUAACAGCUGUUAUCAACCCUGGAUUAUGAUUGUGUCAAUAUAUUCAUACCUGCUGACCUGUUUAUGAGAAAGAGCCUAUAGUGGUUCACUGCUGGAGUUGAAAAGUUGCGAUGCUAAUAACAGAAAUGACCGUGUGUAUAGUAGGGUGGGUAAAAAACGUUAUAUAAAAUGAUUUAGCAACAUUGCAAGAUGAAAGGUCUCAAUAAAGUUCACGCCUGGACUCUGUCUGGUAAAAUAAGGUGAAUCCUAAAAGUGUUUGGAUGGCAUCGGUGGUUUUUACUAUUAAAAGGAUCUCGUGUUGACUGACUUUGAACACUUGACUUUGUAAUCACCUGCAUUUUCUUUGUUUUUGCACCGUUGUGGUUAAAAAGUGAUUAAUAUAUGACCUAGACUUAGUCAUCGCAUUGCUAAAUUGAAUACUGCACAUACUGAGGUAGAAACUGAACAUAUUUUGACACUUGACACAACUUUUAAUCACCUAAUUCUGCCUACAGUCAUGUUAACCAAUAAAAGAGCGCAAACACGUCUCAGUAAAUAACGGUUUAACUGACUUAUAUACUGGUUGGGCUCUAUUGUUGUGCAUAAAUGAGCCCGUUUUACAUGUGUCAGUAGUGGUCGUUAUGUUUUAAUACAAUUUGCCCUAUUAUGAAUACAUAUUUAUAUUAAUUACAAAUACAAUUACAAUGCAGGAAAAUUUAGCUUAGGAAAUUAACAUUUUGCAGAACAGAUUUAGAAUCAAAUUAGUUGGAAACCACCUGAAUAUAAAAAUCAGUUUAAUGUUAUUAUCUAGUAAUGAGCCUUUCAUAUCUGCUAAAGAAGCAGGGUUAGGGUUCACUGCCACGUUUCUAUCCUCGCAAAGACUGACCAAACUUUGCAAUGAUAGUGUUUUUUUUAAACGGUGAAAAUUCAACAAAUGCAGGCUCAACUUAUCAUGCAUCAGAGAAGCUUUUUGUCCACAAAGGCCAUUGUCAUUUCACAGACUGUGAAAAGCUAAGUGUUAAAUUUUGCCGUUUUCCACACGCUGUACUUUUAAUAAUUAUAUUAAUGCUAAAUAUGCUCCGGUUGAGUUAUUUGUUUGAGAGAGAUGCCCUCAGGACACCUUAGCAUGGUCAUAUCAGUACAAAAUUGCAUAAUCCAUGCAAUUGGAAGGUCUGUUUUCACUCCAGCUCAAAGUCUGUAACAGAAAAAUGUACCUGUAAUGUUAUUGUAAUUGUCUACAGGACUUUAUAUUAGCUAGCAUUUAAUGUUUAAAGCAUGUCAUGGUAAUUUGAAUUUGGUGAUUAAACCCUCAAUUGAAGUUCAUCCAGAAAGGUAGAGGUUAAUAUUUCUGUUACCUCACAUGACUUGUAUCAGGAUGAUUCUACCUACAGCCAUGUGAAUUACAUAUUCAUGUCAACCUGCAACAAAAUGGUAAACAUUUUAGAGCAAACAAUACAUGAUUGAACUUGUUAGCCUGUACUUUAUUUAUGCCUUUGACGCCUCCUACUAUAGCUUCCAUAUGGGUCUCUUCGCUCCUUAUUUCACAGGCUGGAGUGUAGGUUGCAUCAGGUAGUCUAUAAGCUGUUAUCAUUAGGCCCAUGACUCUGACACCAGCUGUUGUACACAGCUCACUACUGAGUAAACACACGUAGCAUACCUCUAUCGUGACCAAGUAAGGCUGGUUGCCAAAUAAUUUUAUGGUGGCUGCUCUACGGCUGGCUGUCCUAAAUAGGGAUUUACAUAGUGCACAGUGAUGGCUGUGAGCUCUCUAACUCUCCGUGUGCACUAUCAACUAUCAUCACAUAGAUGUUUGCUGUGUGUGUGGCCUUGAGACAGGCGGCACUCAUCUCUGAAAAUGGAUUUCUCUCUAGACGAUAUGAUGUGGCAGAUAUUAAAAGGACCUGAAUGAAUGCGAGCCUUCACAGACAAACAGGAAGGCAGCAAAAGGGAAAAAGAGACAGGCAGACAGAGAGAAAAAGACUGGUGGGAGGAAGGAUGUAGAAACAGGGACAGACACGCAGACAUGUAAACUGACAGACAGUCACUGACAAGUAGACAUGCCUAGUGGUGGAUGAUCGACAUCAAUCCAGAACAUUUUGACAGAUGGAGUGAGAAAUAAAAAGCAGAAAGACAGAUCGUAUAGGGGAUGUUUGGUUCUCCCUCUUAUACACUUGUUAACGUCUCUCUCUGGCACUUGUAGCAGUGUGAAGACGGUUGUGUUGGAAGAAACGAGGCAGAGCACACAGCAGUAAGGACCCGAGGCAAGUCCUGUGCGUAUCUGCCGCUCAGCAAACAAACCAGUUAAAUGACAGCAGUUCCAGGUUCAACAAGUCAGCGAAAACAAUCUGUUUUAGUUUCUAAAGGGAGGCGGGACUGUGAAUGAGUUCGGUGUGGGAUAGGAGAUACUCUGAAUGACUCUGGCAUGGGUAAGAGCGAUACCGAGUGACUCUGGUGUGAAAUAAAAAUAAUUUGGAACAUUUCUGCUUGCUCUUGGUUGCAAAGAUACUGGACUAAAUCUAAGCAGGGACUUAAGUGGAAGGAGAGGAAAGAGAGAGAGAGAGGGAUGAGAGAUAGAAAUCGAUAUAAGAGAGAGAAUUCAGGCAGGGCACAAGAAUGAAAGUGUAAUAGUAGCAAAGAGAGAGAGGGAGGAAUAAAGUAACGGGAAGUUAGGUAAUGGUCUUCCACAGGAAAUGGAGUUUGUAGGGGCGGAUUGACUGCUUUGAAAUACAUAGAUAAAGGUCGCCACAGAGAAAGAGAGGGAGCGGAGAGUGAGAGAGAGAAAGGGAGGGUUUCAGUAUGUGAGCGAAGAAGGAAUUCCCCCGCCUCUACUGCCCCGGCCAAGAAGUAGUGUGUGAGAGAGUGUGUGUGAGAGGAGUGUAUGCAGUAAGGCUUGUCCGGGCAAAUUGCAAAGUGCCUCUCACUAUUUCCAUACUGUGUUGUUGGGCUAUCUUCUAUUUACCCUACUAUAUGACCUCCUGUUUUCAAUAUGUACCUGGUAUGGAUGCAGGCCUUGUGUAAUGUGAGUAGAUACUGUUAUGUAACGAAUUAAUGUGUAAUGAAUUUGUAGAUGAGUCAUUUUUGUUACUACUCCUGUACCAUGGUGCAUCAUUUAGCAGGGAAUACCUUUCUAGAAAUUAAUGUUUAAUCCUCUUUUUAGUCGUACUCUUCCCUGAUGCCUGGGAUCACAAGAUGUUAGAUUUUGGGCGUUUGUUUUGAAUUAUUUUGGUUUCUUUUUUAAUAGAUUUUUAUUUUUAAAUUUAGUUAUGUCUUUGUCAAAGCCGUGCAGUAAGCAGCUAUCUCGUGUGGUGAAUAGGCUUUGUGCAUGUCUGAAUGUGUUUUCCACAUGAGUAACCCACACUCCCUGUUCCCUUUCUUCCACAGUCUCUGAAAUAAGGUGGGCAAGUGCCGAAGUCUCGCAACGAAGACAAGAAAGGAUGAGGGAGAGAGGCCCUGGCAGAGGAGGAAAAUAGAGAGGAAGAAGGGGAAGACGACGAAAACGAGGCAAAGCGAAAGAGGAACGCCAAAGAGAAUCUCUGGGAUAAAUAAAUAAAAGGACUUGUUUGGAGGAAAGGCAAGCUAGAUGAAAAGAUGAAGCCGAUAAAAAAGCAAGGCCGGCGCUCUCCACCCUCAACCCGGGCGAAAGGGGGGAAGCGUCGAGGAGCAGGGGAAGCCCCGGAAGGAGGGGAGAAGAGGGACUCAGAUGAGAGCAGAGACAGGAGUAGAUCCCCCCAGAACAGAGCACCUUCCUCUUCCUAUUCUUCGAAUUCGCACUCAGAAUCAUCACAGGUGGACCCGACCAGAGUACGUGGCACUUCGGAGGAGGAGGAGCUCCACAGAGAAGGGCUGUCAGAGUCGACGGUAUCGCUUGUGAUGGAUUCUGGGAAAUUGUUGGCAUCCUCAGAUGACAGAUCGGGGAGAUCAGCUGUGAGCGGUAGCAGCCACAGUGACAGCGGUGGUAGCAGUUGCAGUAACAGUAGUACACCAAGCGCCAACAACAGCCCAAACCCCGCCUCCAGCAGGAAAACAGCCACAUUUAAGGCUCGAGUCCCCAAGAAGAAAUAUACCUCUGAACACUGCUCAUCUACUACUGGUAACCAUAGCAACCCUUCAUCCAGCACACCCCCUCCUCUUUCUCUUAGCGGUGGGGUCAUCAACCAUGGGUCAACAGGUUCAGGAAGUGACAUCUGUGUCUCGCACCCUGACGGUAACGGUCAGAGUAGGAGCCUGAUGGAUGACUUCCAUGCCAGGACCAUGGGCAGAGAGGGGCAUCAGGACAGCUCCCCGGGACCACCUACCCUGUUGCUAGGUGGGGAGAGGGAGAGGCCUGGAAGAAUUGAAGGGGUUCGAGAUGCAGAGCGAGUGUCGCCCAGCCCCCUGCCCCGCUGUUCCUCAACAGACACUGCCAGUGAGCACUCAGCUGACUUGGAAGUAGUCGGCGACUCACAUGCCCCCAUUCAUGCACCCACCAGUAUCUCUGAUGCACUGUCUGAUGCCCUCGCCAAAGGCCUAAAAAAUCAGCGUGUCCUUGCCCGCCAGAUCAGGAGAAGGAGUGACGAGGAGGGAGGAGGUGAGAGAAGGAACGAAGGUGGGAGCUCAGAUUUGGUGUUUCGGGCUGGGGUUGUCCGAAAGGUUAGUGGCGAAUAUGGAAGCCUGGAGGUGCAGUUGAACGGGGAGAAGACACUGUGUCGUUAUCCAUAUCGACAUGAUAGCCCCUCUGGGGUGGUGGACAUUAUCUUAGAUGCCCCGCCCCCUGGUAUCCAUCCAAUACCCAUUGGCACUCGUGUCUGUGUUCCCUUUGGCAAUGAGGAAGGCAGUGAGGGCCAGUGGCAGUGGUACAGAGAAGGUGUGGUGAACCAGGUGGACACACACCCUGCAGUGGCCAACCGCUACCGUGUCCUUCUGUCUGAACAAAGAUCUCUAUCUUUGGAUGAGGAUGAAAUAAACAGAAGGGCUGCUGUGGCUACUCAGGCAGUUUGGGUCUCCCGACAAACACUCAGGCUCCUGGUACCACCUUGGGACCUGGAUUUGCCAUCUGGAGCAGGCAGAGAUGGAGAUGACGGGGUCAGGGACAAAGAAAGGGAGCGAGAGGACAGAGAUGAGAUAGACGUGGAGAGAGAGGUUUGCUGUUUGAGCCAAGGGAUGACACCUGGAGUGGGGCCGGUGCUGGGGAGAGGAAUACCUUACCCAGGCAUGGUCCCUGUUUCCUCUACAUCAGGCCACAAUAUUGCCUCCCCUGUAACCCCAGCAUCAGUCCUCAGCUUAGCCCCAGGUCGAGAGUGGGAGGGGGAGAGGGAGAGGGAGAGGGAUCUCCAAAGAAAACAGGAUAGAGAGAGGGAAAGAGAGAGAGAAAGGGAGAACAGUGGGAAGCAGCAGCCACAACAGCAGCAGCAGCACCAACUUCAGCAGCACCACCCUUACAUGCCACUCACCCCUGAAGAAGACAUGGAGGUGUCCCACUUUAACAUGGUUCCAAUGGGGGCAAUCAUACCUGGGGCCAAACCAAUGGCGAUUCACCAACAUCGCCACAUUGUCUCUAAGCCCCCACCUGGCUACCUCAAUCCCCACCUGUCAGUGGUGCGGGGCAUCGGGAUACCCCCUGCACACCUGGCCUUGAACCCCCAUCCUCCUCCUUCUCCUGUCCUGUUAGGCCUUGACCCAGCAACAGCAGCAGCUGCAGCAGCUGGUGCUGUCAUCACCACCCCUCAGCUCCCCCCUCUCACCCCUAUUUCCUCUUCCACCCCGUCCUCCUCCAGAGUAGAGAAAGCCCCAGGAGGAGGUUCUUCCAGUGGAGGGGCGGGCGGUGGAUCAGGAUCUGGUUCCACCUCCUCCUCUUCAUCACGUUCCCGCACCCCGCUGACAGCUGCCCAGCAAAAGUACAAGAAGGGAGAUGUGGUGUGCACGCCAACAGGCAUCCGUAAGAAGUUUAAUGGGAAGCAGUGGAGGAGGCUGUGCUCCCGUGAGGGCUGCUCUAAAGAGUCUCAGCGCAGAGGAUACUGCUCCAGACACCUCUCAAUGAGGACCAAGGAGAUGGAAGCGAGUGGAGGCAGUAGGGAACGUGGGGGAGCUAGCAGCACAGGGACUCUGACGCCGUCUGACUUCCGACUAAGCGGUGGGAGAGCAAGCUCAGAGUUCGACUGGGAUGAGACCUCUCGGGAAAGUAGUGAGGCCAGCAGCCGUGGAGGAGACUCCCGCCCUCGUUUGGUCCUUCCCUCUCUGCUUCCCCAAGAUCUCUCCCGUUUUGACUUUGAUGAGUGCGAGGCAGCGACAAUGCUGGUCUCCCUGGGUGGUUCUCGCUCAGUCACUCCAUCAUUCUCCCCUAUCUCCAACCAGUCCCCCUUUUCCCCGACCCCAUCACCCUCGCCAUCUCCGCUCUUAGGCUUUCGCCCUGCCAAUUUCAGUCCAAUUACUGCUCCUUCCUCACUCACCCCACGCCGCCAUCGCCAGCUCAGUGGCACCAAGAUGGGCACGCCAGGAGUUGAGCGUGAGCGUCACCUCUCUGGGAUCAUUCCCACAUUUCAGACCAACCUAACUUUCACAGUUCCCAUGAGCCCCAGCAAAAGAAAGCUUGACUCCCAUCCUCCUCCUCCAUUGCCAGCCAUUCAGGACUACCAGAGCAAACCUGAGCAGCAGCAGCUGGUGGGCAUAGGUGGAGGAAUGAUUGGAGACGCAACAAUGGGCCACAGCCCUGCAGCUUUCAGAGUCCUCUCCCCCCAGAGUCAACCCACGACUCCUUCCUCACUUUCCUUCCCCAGGCCUCGAAGCGCCACCAGCAGACCACCAUCCUCUGCUGCCUCCACGCCUCCACCCAUGCUGGUCUCUCCUACUCCCCCCUCCCCACUGCCCCAGGAACCUUCUCCACGACGAAUCGUGCCCCUCCGCGAUUCCCCGGUCAUUGUCCGCAAUCCAGAUGUCCCCCUGGCCAAGUUCUCGGAUGGUCCAUUAGGAAGGAGGGAAAGAAGCAGGUCCAGAGAGCACAGCCAACCACAACACGCAGCUCCCCCAGGCCUGCAGGUCCCCGUGCCCAUCAACGGGGCCACCACCAAUGGUGCAGUUCUUCUGCGCAACCCAACAUCCACACUUGUCCUGGUCACCUCCAGCUCGGUAAGAAAGUCACAGUUCUUAGUUUUUGUCUUUGUAUGAGUCAUAUAUGGGUCAAAAAAAGGGGAAAAGUUUUUCACAUUCUUGGGUUUUUAAAUCAGUACACACUUUUUAAAGCUCAUAAGAUGCUUUAUCGUAGGGUGACCAUACGUCCGCUUUUACCCAGACAUAUCCUCUUAUUUGGGAGCUGUCCGGCCUUGUCUGGGGAAGUUAACAAAAUCCUUCAAAUGUCCAGGGUUUUGUAUGGAAGCUUUGAGUUCAUGUCAUGUGGACUUAAUGAGUUAGAACCGUGUAAAAAACACUCGACCCGACCAGAAAAACUCUCAAAAUUGACUACACACAACUCUGCAACUCUGCCCCUGGUAAUCGUGUCCUCUUUUUGGGGAUUCAGAAUAUGAUCACCCUAUUUUAUCAUCAAAAAUAUAUGCUGCUAGUCAAACUUAAUCUUGUAAAAGAGACUGUGUACUGUUUCUGAAUAACUUACAUUCACUGUAUAGCCUUAGGAAAGAAAGUUUUAAGAGACAAAUAAACACCACCUUAAAAGUAAACCAAAGGAAUAAACCUUAAUUUUGGUACCACAUACUUUCCCCAGUGGAUCAUGAGUUUGCCCCAAAAAUCUCGUUUUCUCCAGGUCUGCUUGGAGCCGGGGAAUCACGGCAAUAAAACAUCAAAAUGUUCAUCUAAUCUUUGUCAUGUUCCACGAGUUACAUAAUUUAAAAUCAAAGCGCUUUUAGUCGGUAAUUUAGAAAGAAUGCAUGAAUGUUUCAGAUGCACUGGACACAUGUACUUAUAACGACAGCAGAGAAGCAGAUUAUACUGAGAAGAUGCUAUUAUCGACCCCAAAAGUCUAGUUUUGGUUGGGAGUCUUGUUGACGAAAAAAGUAUUGUUGAUCUGAUUUGUAUUUUCUGUGGGUCAGUAGUGCUAAAACUGUUGUCUUGAUGUGUCUUCCCAGUCCCUGAGUUCAGCCACAGUGGGUAACGCUGCCCUGUCCAGCCCCUCCAGCAUUGGGUCCUUGCCCACAUCAACAGGCUCAGUCUUGUCCUCCUCUGGCUCUGGGGGCAGGGAGAGGGAGAGGAAACCUGAGGGACACCAAGAUGCCUCUGGAGGGGCUCUACCACAGCCGGUAGCCUGUCACCCAACCCCGACUGCACUUCUGCCGCUCAUACUGCCAGCUGAGUCGCCUCACCCUGCUCCACGCAAGCAAAUCAUCAUGGGACGCCCAGGGACUGGUAAGGAAGGAAGGGAAGAGGGAGUGGGGAACUGUUCUGGCACUGUUGGCUUUGUUCAGGUGAUCUGAAGUCUUCUGAGCUGCUCUUUCAGUGUACUGUAGAAAGGGAUAUGCUGAAGCUUAUGUACUCUAGCCUAGUACUUCUUGCUGUCAUUAUCUCUCUAGGGUUACAGGAGUGUCAUCUGAGUGCUAUGGCUGUGACUCAUGUACACAUUACUGUUGUUUACUUGCAGCGUAAGAAGUAACUACAUUCAAAGGGCAUCUUUUUAAUCCUCUGCUUUGCAGGGACUUUUUAAACUUUGGGGAUUCUUUUUAUAAAGUUUACAUUCCUAUGUGGCAAUUAUCAAUUUUUAACACUGUUUGCUGUUUUUGCUUGUAACACUUGAAUGAUUUUCACAACAAAACAGGAAAGUGGUCUCAUUCACAUACAGCAAAAACAGAAAAGCCACACAUGCAUGAGUUAUAGACAGACUUGGUAGUAAUUAGGGGUCUCCCGCUACAACAUUUUUACUUCCGAUGCCAAUAUUGUAACCUUCAGUAUCGGCCAAUACUGAUAUUGAUAUUGGCAGAAACUUGUGUAUGACAAGUUUUCCACUCGGCUGCAACUUCUUUUUCGGACUUUAACCAAAAAUACUGCCCCACAGCUGACAUCACUCUUACUCCUUUGUACUUUGUUAGUAGUGAUCAGGUGGGCUCUGAAUGCUGGAUCAGGGCGCUGCUAGCUAGAGGUGCUGGAGUGGAGUCUAGAAUGGACUGCUUGAAUCGGAGUGCUGAUAUCUGAGAUUUUAGAUGCAGGUUGAUAUAAUCUAAUAUUUGAUUUUUGGCUGAUAUUGGACUGAUAUCAGAUAUCAAUAUCAUAUCGGGACAGCCCUAGUAGCAAUGACAUUCAUUUUUGACUGAAGCUUGAGUGCAGAAGUUAUCACAGUGCUUAUUUCUCACCAAGUUAUUACUGUUUGUAACAUUUUGAGUUAUGAGCUGUGCUGGGCGGAGGUGAAGGGGUGGGGGGGUGCAGUGCUGCUGUUUGAGAGACAUGGGAAGGUGGUGAUGUCACCCCGAUCAGCUGUUUGUGAACCUUUGUCCAAAGUUUGUAUUCUGGUGAAAAAUCUAUUGUGAAACUAUUUUCUCGGCUUUGUGUGCACACAGUUGGAUGUAAGAAAGUGGCUACUGAGAAAUAGAGGUGUUGGGUUAAUCAUAUACUUAAUGCUUGUUUCCAUGCCAACGUUGCGAGAUUGAGCCAAAACUCAGAGAUGUUACUUUGAAUAUAUGAAUAAGGAAGUUGGUUUCUGCUUAAAAUGCACAAUAUCUCUUGUGUUUCAUUUUAACACAACACUUUCAAAACCUGCAAACUGAAAGUGUGAUAAAUGUACAGGAAUUUGUCUUUGGGCAGAGAAAUAUCGGCAAUUUACAGAUCUUUCAGUUUCACACUUCUCUCUGACAUUUGCUAUGAAGAAACUGGUGUAAGCAAGUCUUACAGAUAAUGAUACUCAGACUGUUUUUUAGUAACAUGUACAUUUAGGGAGCUUUGAAGCAUCGCAGAUACAGAGAAACUGUCUGAAACCAUUUACACGAGUGUCAAAAGUACCAAGUUCUUGCUUUGAGUAUUUGGUAUUUCAUAACCCUUCUGCGAUUAAUAAUUUCUUGACUUGGAUCAAGUGGCAAAGAUGAAACCUUCAUCUUCUGAGGCAUGAAAAUCAGAAAAGGUUUGAUAUAUCAGUAGCUCAGGCAGCCUCCCAGACCUGCUGCUCACCCUGUGUAAUUUGUGACUCAGAGUGUGUAGUGUCAAAGUUAUUGAGCGUGCGUGUGCAGGGGGUGUCGCUCUUUUUUUGUGGAAGCUCGUGUGCGUGUGAGAGAAAGAGAUAGGGGGUGUUUCAUAGAAACUUUUAAGGAUAUUGACAUGUCUAGACAUGCAAGACUCAGCGUUGGAGUUCACCAAGGACAUUCACACCUCCUCCUCCUCCUCCUCUCCUUAUACACUCACACACACACACACACACACACACACACACACACUCAUACACACACUCAUACACACACAUGCGCAUCUCAAUGUUCCAGACAAUCAACAACCUCAGACAGGGCAUCAAGGGCAGGUCCAGCGUGAUGUGAAUGUGUUUCAUCACUCUCAGCAGUAAAAGGAGUAAUUGUAUUGCUGGCGUGUUGUCAUGGAUACACGUUUCCACCGGUAGAAUUAGCGCAGUAAAGCGUUGAGCCCUGAGCUGAUUAUCGAAGCGCGCUUUUAUGUCUCUCUCCCUCUCACAUCCCUCGCACUGCUGCUAACAGCCACCUGCCUCUGUAGCGUAACGUUUCCUCCGCCAUACAUUUUUAAAAACACCUAGAGCCACAGUGGGCCCAGAAACAAACACACACACAGGCAGGAGGCAGCGGAGGCCCCACGGCUGAGAUCUCUCCUAUAUAUAGCCCAGCUCAAGUGCAGCUGCAUUAGCAUCACAAGUUUCAUUACUGCUCUCUUUGAGUACAUCUGCAGCCUUCGGUGGAGAGCAGAUAAGAGCUCUGAUGUAGCUGGGGUCCCAUCUUGUUACACAGCUCGAGAACUUUAUUAUUGCUGCUGCUGCUGCUGCUGCACCCACAGGAGAAAUGAUUGAGAACCUUCUCCUGCAGUAGUAAUGUGUGGUCUAUCAUAUCAACCUCCUCUCUAUCACUGCUACUCCUAAUGCUUAAAGUAAAGCAACAAUGACAGGCGGAUGCCUCAGCAGUGUUUCUGUCAUCCCUCACAGUAUUAGGGGUGUCAGCAGGUCCUCUUUAAGUUCAAAGAAUAUCAAGUGUUAUCUCUUUAGCACCAUAAAGGAUGAGAUUGUUAGUCUUUCUUUAUUCCUCACUGUCAAAAAAAUCUAAAAACAACAAAGCAUUCGUUUCUCUCUCAGUUUCCCCGUCCGCAGCUCUCAGCUUAUUUGAUCUUUUUUAAGUAUAUUUAAGUUUCAUCUCUUAUUAAAAACAAGCAGAUCAUUUCCUCAAGAGUUGUGUACUGUAGCUUUAAGCAAAUGUUACCCAAGCGCGAGUGAAUAUUGCAUUUGAUGGGGGAUAUUUUCAGCAGUGCAUUAAUACAUAUUUGCUGGGCUUGUGGGUAAUUUAGAGGUAGGCUGAUGUAUAUUGGUUUAACUAGAGAACAGAAAGUAGAGAAAAUGUCAGCCAAUGCAUGAAACUAAAGGACGCACAGUGGUCGAAAACAUCAGGGUUCAUUUAUGACUGAGAUAAAGUCAAGAAUAUUUUAAAGUCUUGUCUUUAAGAGUUGCAGACAUGUGAUCCUUUAACAAUCCUUUAACGGUGAUAUUCAGUUGAGGCAGAGCUGAAAGUAAGACAAAGUAAGUAUGAGUAUCUUAACCACAACUGUGGGUGGAAACGGUGCAUAAUGUUGAUUUGCACGUCAGUUGGGUGACAUUUUGACACUUUUGAGUUUUCAGGGUUAACAGUGAUGGUCUGUGAGGCGUUAACUGCUGAGUUGCUUCUUCAGAUGAAUUUCUAAACUAAUUUUAGCAGAAUUAAUCUGUUUCUGUUAGAAUUCUUUCCAACCCUCUUGAUAAGAUCAGCGUGUUAGAGCUCUGAAAUGUCUGUGAAAUACAUGAUAUUUGGCUACAGGAACCCCCGAAAACCUCAAAACUAGUUUUUGUUUCUGAUUGUCUGGCGAUGUAGUUUCAAUGACAGAUAUAGAACAAACUGUAUGUCUAAUUGUGGGCUUUGGCAAGUCAUCAUAGCAGCGUGAGUUAACUGUAGUGAUACUAGUGAAAUGAGGCACCAUUUCUCCUUUGUGUUGUUACGCUAGAAUAAGAUUAAGAUGUUUCCCUCGCGGUUGAAUAAUCUUGAUGCCGAGUGUAGAUGUAAAUUCUUGAAGUCUACUGCAGGGUUGUCAUAUUCUGAAGACGACUCACUUCCUCAGUCUUAGUUCCUUAUGCAAAACGGCUAAACUGUCAGUUUGAAGUAAGGAGAUCAAAGGUCAGGGCACAGUGAUAAUUGUCAUGUUCACCAGGAUCAGCACAAGCAGAAAAGAACAUCAUGAUCAGUCUGUGCGGUUUACAGCGCAUCAGACACGUAUGUGCGUUCAUGUCUGAUAUCUAGCUCAGCAUUAUCUGGAUAUCCAUUUUAGCUGAGCUAUAUCCUGUGAAUGGUAUAGAGCUAUAAAUAGACCACUUUAAUGGUGUAUUAAAGAAUUAUAAAUGGAAACAGGAACUGGACUUUGCAGUGCUGCAGCACAGUUCACAGCCAGUUUAUCUCCUCCGAGCUAGAUUUGUGCUUGGAACACCACAGUCAGUCGAGGAGUGAGGACUCGGGCUGAUCGUCUCUGUCUGUUGAGGCUGAAGUGCCAGGAGUGUGUUCUUUGUGAUGCUUUAAACUUCACCCCCCUUAAACUAGCUUUUGGUGACGCCAGCAAGGAGAGAGUCAUUCAUGGACACAUCUGAUUUGGUCAAAAGACAGAAGUAAGGAGAGAGAGAGAGAGAGAGAGAGAGAGACAGACGACAACAGCUAUGUUAAUAAUAGAGACCAAUAACAGCAGUGCUAUCCACACAAACCUGCAAGAUGAGGGAGCAUGAAACCUCCGGGGAGGGUAUAAAGUUAGUAACAUAUUUAAAAGUCCCAUCAAUGUAUGAAUGCAUGAAUGAUGGAGAGAGAGGGGGAGAGAGAGAGAUGAGCAGAGAGGAAUUUGGUGUAUCAAGUCCCUAAGUAGCCUGGGUCUAUAACUGCAUCACUAGGGGGUUUGUGAAAGAUUGGCCUAGUUAGCCCAGACUGUAGCAACAAAAUAAAGAUGAUAGUUGCUCGUAAUUAAAUGCCGGAUUGUUAAAAGCUCGGCCUGAACUCAGUGAGCAUAACGCUCUUCAGCGGUUAUCAGCUGGUCCAGGCUCUCUGAGAUACGAUGGUGUCUGGUCAUGAAGAGUUUUGUAGGUGUAAAAAAAAAAAAAAGUUGAGUGGAAAAAUAUGAUCUCUAUUCCCAGAUCCUGUCAGUAUACAUGCAGCAGCAUUUUGGACCAGCUGAAGAGUCUUCAGGGAGCUAUUACAGCAGCAUGGAGAACAGGAAAUUUAUUAUUCAGCAUGGGAGAGUCGGGUACAUGGACUUGUUUUUCUGUAGACUACUGUAUGUUCCUGAUUUUUGCAACGUCAUGCUGCUGAAAAAAAAGGUCACUAAUGUCAUAAUGGAUAAAUAUAAAGCACAAAAAGCACAACACGACCAGAACUACUGUGGGAAAUACUGAAAAGUCAGAUUUAAACUCACCAUCAGUGUUAGCUCUGGGUCUGUUUUCUGGUGACUGACAGACUCAGCGUGUGUUUAACACUCACUCUCGGUUCCAGCUGGGUUUUUAUGGCCCGGUUUGAGACCCAAGGCCCCUGACCAAAAGACUCAGUCCAUGCACCCAAACUUUCUGAAACCCCAAAUCAUUUUUGGCAUAUGCAGAGGAGUCAUCACAGAGGUGUCCAAACUGAGAUCGGGCUGAUAAAUAGGAUUUAAAUCAGCUUAAGGCAGCUCCUUCAAUGUCAAUUAAGUGUUCUGUGUCUGUAACAGGAUCUGGUGGUCAUUCGUAUCGCACGCCAUAAACCUCGUGUGAUUGACAGCUCGAGUUUGCAGCGGUUGUGGUGUGAGCUUUGGCGUCAGCUGUUAUAAAUCAAAUAAAAAUGGUGAUAGUAAAAGAAGAAGUAGCAGUUUUAGUGAAGUGAAAUCAUGAUGGUCUGAAGAUAAUGUGUGACCGGCAUCUGUUUUUUGACCACAUGAGGUAACCUAACAUCUCCAGAUUAAUUCACUUUGAAUGAUCUAGUCUUGAGUGUCUGCAUCUCUGUUGUGUUAAUAUGUCUGAAAAUAAUAACCCAACAACAUUCAGCACGUGUGAAAUUUGGCGUCCACUCUGAAGUUUGAUAAGUGUGGAGUGUAAACAUGCCGACAUUUCCUCCUUAGCGAUAAACACAGCUGAGGAUUCUGCUGACGUAGCUCUGCGGGCAAAACAAUGCACCAAAAAAAUCUGAUCUAAGAAUAGUUUAAGGAAAAGGUGAGUAACCAAACUCUUACAGGUUCGUCCUCAGGGGGGCGUGAAUGUUUCUGCAAAUCUCAGAGUCGUUGUUGAGGUGUAACUGUGGCGGAUAUUGUCUUUUUUUUUCUUCUUUUUGUGAUCCAUACUCCUGACCUAAUACUCAAAACAAUAUUGUGAUAUUACCCAUUGGCAUAAGACCCGUCUCUAAAUGUACUUGACAGAAGCGUGACAGCAGUCUAGACGGCGGGUUGUCUGGAGUCUGGAUUCUCUGUGGAUAAAAUAACAGGUUCCCUCAUCCCAUCUCACACCACAUGACCCCUCAGCUCUCAUUAUCCCGCGGGAUGGUCUCUGUGCGUGUGUAGGAGAUGGGGGCAGAGUAGGUGGCUGGAUACAUAACUCCAUUCAUGGUCUUCAGUCUUGGGCAGUUUCUUUGAAAGUGUAGUUUUUAGUAACACUUUGGCUCAUCUCUGGCUGAUGAUCACAUAGGAUUUCACAUGCUGCCAGAGGGCAGACCGCUACCUUCUGUCCACUGACACGAUACUGGAGUGGAUAAACAUGAUGACAUUUUUAAUUUUCCUUUCUCUCGCUCUCUUUCUCUCUCUUCGUGUUCCCACAGUUUGGACCAACGUGGAGCCUCGGUCGGUGCCAGUGUUCCCUUGGCAUUCACUCGUCCCUUUCCUGGAGCCCAGCCAAUCAGGAGCGGCUGCCCAGCCCGCUGACGGCCAACUGCUUGUCAAUCAAAGCAAAGGUAGCGAAUGACCCCACUCCUUUUUUUCUCCGGACAUGUCAUCAUGACUUUUUACUUUUGGCCAGGGACGCAGACAGUUAAAUUCCCAGCUUGUAUACAAAAAAAUACGUGGCUGUAUGUUACGAAUGAGCGUUUCCCAGAGUAAAGAUAAAAAGGAAACCCUAUCUGGUGCUGUGUUUCACAAAGAAAGACUGCCAAAACACUCCAGUACACAGCCAGUACAAAUGUUGGUUGGACAGACCCGCAGCCAAGUCAGUGUUUCCCAAAACAGUUGCGACUGAAUUGCAAAUCAGCACAGUUGGUGUUCACACCGAUAUAGUUCCAGUAACAUUGUUGAUAACAAUAUUUAUUGGCUGGAGCAUUAACAUUUUUUUCUGAGACUAGUGUUGACCGGAUGAGGAUGGUCAGUUGUCUGAAAGCAAAUCUCAAACUCUUGAAUAAUUUCUCUGUGAAGGGUGUCUCAGUUAUCUGCCUGUAUCUGUUUAUCGAUUGACUGUUUAGUUGGUGAAAAGUCAGCAGACGCAGACAGAGACCAGACUCCCUUUUAACAUUUGAUCCGUCUAAAACACAAAGAUGUUCAUUCGUUCAAGCUCAACCAUUUCAGUACGUAGAAAAAGGUGACCCGCUGUUCUCGCACAGCACCGCUUCAUUUUCAUUUGAUUAAUAACUGGCGAAUAAACUCAGCUUCAAGUAGUUAAAUAGACAAGCCUACUUUCAGGAGUAAUUUCAUGCUUAUUUACACCACACUCGUGACUUUGUCAUAUUACCCGAAGAAAACAGUGAUGAAUGGUUGAAAUAACCCUGAAAGACCGGCGCUGUCGAAUCCAUGCUGUCUCCCAGGCCCUUUCUUCAGCCAGUAGCCUUUUUUAAAAUGAGGCAUAGCAAAUUUCUGCCAUAAUCACGCCUUUGAAUUCUUAUAUAGAUCCUGCAACAGUGUGAUAUUGGUGUCCCAAUGUGUAAUUUCACACUGCGUUACGGCGUUGCAGAAGCAUAAGAAAUAAACACAUACACAUACACACAGGAUUGGUCUACCCGGCCUGUUCUGACGGCUCAUAGUGAUCUCGUCCCGUCUCUGUUACUACCUCUGAUGCCAGAACAGCAGCAGGGGGACAGUUUGGUACCUCCGUAGUCAGUGAGUGGUUGUGUGAAAUGCACCAGUUUGAGAGAGAAGAAGGAGAGAUUGUAAAAUUUGAGGAAUUAGGGAUCAUUCUUCUCACGUAUCAGAGCAGUUUUUUGUCCACCAAAGCCACCGUCCCUUCACACAUUUCAAUUUCGGAUUUGGACCACAACAUAUCACUAAAUACUCCCAGUUUUGCACACUGUACUUUUAAGGUGGUGAGAAUAGCAGACUCUUUUUCUACCACUGAUUUUUCUCGCUGAUCCCUGAAUCUUUUACCUUCACACUUAAAUUUGCUGUCAGAAAUCUAGUCUUUAUAAACGCAUUAAAACAAAGUAAGCUAACCAAAUGGCCGUCUUCAGGUAUUCAUUGAAUCCUGGAGGAAGUAUUUUCUUUAUAUGUGAGUAGUCUCGAGCUCCAUCUUACAUAAAACUUCCCUCUUACUACUGCUACAGAUGAUCACAUAACAUAGUCACAGAUUCUCACACCUCCCACAGUCACUUGGCCGGUAUAGAGCUAUCCAUCAACAGGCUGCACGCCCCGUGUUUACACAUAUGGCACUGUGAGGUACUUUAUUAGAGCUUCUCUCUGACUGGCACAUUAUACUAUUAAUAUUAUAUUAUAUUAUACCAUAUACUAUUAUUCUAUGUUGCAGAGCCUCGUUGCGCUGUGGCCUUGGUGAGCGACGGGCGAAUCGGCCCUCCAGACCUCGAGAGGGGAUCUCCGUCAUGCCCUCCCCCGACCAAUGACAAUCCUCCUUUAGAUAGGGGCGGGGCUGACAGCGAGACAGAGAGCGAUACAGACGACCCGUAAGUACAGAGAGGUUGUUAUGGAGAAUGUUUUCAAUGGUUUUCAGUGUCAAAAUGUUGUUACUGGAAACAAAAAGUUCCACAGCAGAAUGCUCUGCGGCGCAUUUCUCCGCGGUUGUCAAAGUCUGUCAACGGCUGCGGAUGGCAAACUAAAUCGGGACAAGAAGAAGCACAAGAGAGGAAAGAUUUAAUAUAUAUUCAAGUGUAGAGAAGCUCUGUGGCACAUCAACCACGCUGUGAAACGAGGCCAGAAAACAGCCCGACAAAUCUGAUCCUAUUUAGACCUGGUUCACACGCAAAUGUGGUCAUUUAUACGUGUGGAAAGUUACCCAGACAUUUAUUUGACAUGUUCAUUAAAGUCGUAUCGAAGACUCUGGUUGUGUAAUUAUCAAAAACAGAUUUCUUUUUUGCACGAAUGAUGGUAACUUUUCAAACAAAACUCGACUGAUUUGGCCUUUUCGAUGUUUCCCGACUUGUUUUGGUUUUAACUCAGGACCUCAGGAGACAGGACCUUGUACAUUGUUUGUUUCCUCUUUGCAACUCUGGAGAUGACUCAUUAGAGAGCAGAUAGUAUCCGUAGAUUAUAUGUACAAGAGUAGGCUGUAAAUCUUUAGAGGACACCACAGUCAGAAGUGGCGCAGUGAAACCUACCUUUGAAAGCAAAAUUCAGCAGGAAUAAACAGCAACAAACAACUUUUUUUACCAGUUGCAUCAAGUUUGUGUGUGUGUGUGUUUGUGUCUUUGGCAAGAGUUAUACAGUCUGUGCUUGUUCAUUCCACUCAGUCUCAGGCUGCGUCUCUGCGUCUGGCUGGGUUAUUGCUCUUUCAGAGUGACUCAGACGGGCUGCGUGGCUGUCUGGCUGGUAGUGUGGUUUUGAAUGCUUCAGGGUCACUGUGCUCUCUGCGAUGGCGGCGCUGUUUAGUGCCGCCAUCAUUGAGAGCACAAAAAGAAAUGCUUCAGCGGUCUCUAAGUGGUGCAGCGGUUACACCUGUUAUCUAGCUGCACCUCAAUGGAGAAACUAAUGGCAUUCAUGGAAACAAAGUCGACAUAUUUAGCAACCAUGCAUUAGCUCUUUUACUCUUCUUCUACUAAUUGCAUUUGGAGAGUACAGCUGCUGCAAACAAGCUUUUAGAACAAUAUCAACGAGUUUGAUUUACAUCCAUUUUUAUUUCCUGUCAUGGUUCCUGAGCACUUUUACCACCUCUUCGAUUCUUCUUGCGAAAUUUAAUUCAGGUACAAGUGAUGCUGCUGAAAAUUGUUUGUAUAGCUAUUAGAGGUAAGAAUCACCAGUAGCCCCACAAUGUGAUAUUAUCACAAUACUUAGGCCACGAUACGAUAUUAUCAUGAUACUUGGGCCACGACACGAUAUUAUCACGAUACUUAGGCCCACAAUACGAUAUUAUCACAAUACUUGGGCCAUGAUACAAUAUUAUUGUGAUUUUUAACAUUUUGUAAUACUGUGAGUAUUGUGAUACAAUAUAUUGCAAUUUAUACAAUUUUUUAAAACUCUAUCUAAUUUAGCAUUUGUCUUUCCUUUAUGUUUGUCUUAUUUACACAGUAUUUUAUUUUCAUGUAGCUCAUCUUGCAAACCUUAUAUAUAUAUAUAUUUGUUGUUCUAACUUUCUCCUGCUCUAUGAUGUCGCCUCUUCCAACCUCACUGGACAAACAGUUGAUUUUAUUUUUCCAUUAUCACUGAUUUGACUUCAUAUUAACAUUUAAUUUGAAAAAAUCAAUACUUGGUAAUUGAGACGAUACAAUAUAUCACAGGUCAUAAUAUCGCGAUUCUAUGCUGUAUCAAUAUUUGGCCAAGAGGAAGCCAGACAAUGCACCUGACCCUCAGGGAUAAUGUGCAGUGAACAGGUGGCUAUGCACAUUAGAAUCCAUAUAAGGUGAGCAGGACUUGGUAUAAAAUUGUAACAGUGUAACUUUGUUUUGACCAAUCAGAAUCCAGUAUUUUACAGGUAGAAAUACACUAUAUGGCUCAGUCUGUUUCCAGUCUAAGAUCUUUUCAGCAUACAGUGCCGAGCGAGUUCUUUAGUUCGUUAAAAUGAUGAUCACAACUUAAAUUUUGACUCGCACAGGUGUGUGACGUCACCUAAUGUAAGUUUAUUGUAAUGCUGUGCUGUAGUCCUAUUGAGAGAAGCUCUAGUGCGACAACAAUAACCCGCUGGAGCUCGUCUCUCAGCCUCCUGUCACCUAUUAUGUCUCCCAUUAUGAUUCCUGAUGUUUCCAGUACAAAGAAAGCUUUUAACCGCCCACACGCACACGUUCAGGCGUAUACCCAUAAACACACACAAAAAUAGCACAUCUGACUUAACCUCAACCAAAUUAUUAUGUAAGCUCAAUCUCUGCGAGACCUUGUGAUUGCUCUGGUAAUUGUGAAGUUAUACUUUUUCUUUCCUUUUGUGUUCUGUCUCCCACAGCGAAAAUCUCUCCCUUCAGAGAGAAUAUUCCUGCUUUUCUUUUGGCUUUUCAAUCACAGAGUCCAUUCUUGAUUUUGUGCCUUAGUGAUGCUAAACAAAAAGACAAAAAAAACACCUCCACCAUAACCACGUGGGAUAUCUUCAGACUGAGGGGGCUCUCCAACACAUUCUUUCCACUCGUUCACAGUUUCUAAAGACUUUUGAACUUUUGUGCUUGAAAAUCAAACUGAUGUGCUUUGAAGCUCUGGUUUAAUCAAACUGCGGGUAUCAGUAUUAUUCUCUAUUUAUGUUUUAUUUUGCACUUCCUCUUUCAAGUUUUGUCCAAUUAUCAUCACUAACAAUUCCGCUAUUUUGAACUUCCUAUCAGGAAUUUUUUUACUGUUUCUCCAACCACUUAAACAGAAUAGUAAUGCAAACCCCACAUACGGUAUGUGACAGAGUUUGUUUUAGCUUUGUUAUCUUCUGUGUCUGCUCUGGAAACAGUCCACUGACUCACAACAGGACUAUGAUGUUGUACCGCUGGAAAUAGAAUUUUCUAAGGAAUUACAUGAACCAUUCUUUAGUAUUUGGCAUGUGCUGUGAUGGACAAAAAAGCAGGAAGUAGGUCUUGAUAAUAUAAACAGCAAAGAAGUAAAGAGGGACAUAACGAAUAAGUCAGAAAAUAUCUGAAUUGUUUUGUUUUUGUAUUCAGAAAGUUCCUCACAGUGAGGAAUGUCCCCUGCUUUCCAUCGCAGACUCAGAGUUUCACUUUUUCUCUCUGUAUGAAUGCAGGUUUUCCCCGGGUGUGGCCAGUGAUCCAGCUCCCUCCUCGGGCACCAUCAAGAGACGCACACAGUCCCUCAGCGCCCUUCCCAAAGAUGGAGACAGAAAGGUCAGUCCGCUGUGCAGAAUCAGUGUGGGAAAUGAAACUUAAAAUGAAGAAGUUUGAACUGUAUGUCCUUUUCCAAUCAGAGGGAGAAAGACCACAUCCGCCGUCCCAUGAACGCAUUCAUGAUCUUCAGCAAACGCCAUCGGGCCCUGGUGCACCAGCGACAUCCCAACCAGGACAAUCGAACAGUCAGCAAGAUCCUGGGGGAGUGGUGGUACGCUCUGGGGCCCAAUGAGAAGCAACAGUACCACGAUCUGGCUUUUCAGGUAGAAACACUCUCCAUCUGUCUGUAAUAUAAAAACGUUUUUCAUCAAUUCAUUCAAUUAACGUGGUUUCCUUCUUGUAACUAUAAUUCAAGAAGUUUCUUUUUACUCCAGAGUUUUUAAUUUGAAGUCUCCAGACUUCAAGUUGCACCGACAGCAUAAACAACUUCAACUGAUUUAGGUGUUUAGUUAGACUCUCCUCCUCCUCUUCCUCCUGCUCCUCCAGGUGAAAGAAGCCCACUUCAGAGCCCAUCCAGACUGGAAGUGGUGCAACAAGGACCGUCGAAAGUCGCUGUCAGAGGGUCGCGGGACGCCGAAAGAGCAACGAGAGAGGAGCAUGUCGGAGAGCAUAGGUGUGUGCUGCUCUGCUCUCAAAGGCAGACACAAAACUUUCAGAAACUUGUAGAAAAAAUCUGUUAAAUUAUGUAGAAAAUUCUGAGUCGUGUAAAUUGUUUGUUGCAGGUAUUUUACUUUUAUAUCUGUGUGACCUUACCUUUACUGAUUUAAAGUUUCAGUGAUCGAUUCCAUGAAGCAGGAAGUGACAUUUCUGUUUAUUUUUCUCUCCUCCAGAUCCUCAUUCAGAGUCUCAGGUGCUGGAGGGGAAAGUCGGCGGCUCGGCCUGGCCGGGAGGAUCAGAGCGUCGAGGGGGGCUGUUUGUGGGGCAGCACCCCCGUCCCCGAGCUUUUUCCCAGAGUGCCGUGCACACCCUGGAGCAGAGGGAGAGGGAGAGAGACCUGGAGAAGGUAUGAGGUUGUUAAUCCGUAGCUCAAAGGCAGAGAACGGACUCUCGAGAUUUAAGGGGGGAAAAAAAACUGCUUUAGAUCACUUGCAAGUUUAAUCUCGGAGCUUAAGUCACGUGCUCUCGGUCUUGUCAAGAGUAUUACAAAAGCACCUUUAACAAGUCUGUUGCAUCUCAGAGAACAAAGUAAAAGUGCAGAAAAUAAGGCAGCAGACGAACACAGGGUGAUGUUUGUGAGUUUUUGAGCACCUACGAAGGAACAAACCCGAGUCUUCGCAUUGCGGAACAUUGGGCUGAACUCUUCAACUGAAGGCAUGCUGUUGAAAAACAGUUCAAAUGGACCCUCUUUGUUCUUUGUGUGAGGGCUCGGGUUGUUGCUGCUGAAAAACCCACCGAAAGCUCUGGGAGAGCUCAGCCUCCAACUUCAAAGGUUUCACUUUCUACUUUUUUUGGUGCCUUUGAAGGUGCGAGACUGGUGUUUGCUGCUCCGCUCCUAAUCACAGAGGGAUAGGUCUGCAUGUGAGCACUCUUGUUUCAAAGCCAUUAAAGCGAUGUUGGGUGUGAAUGCGUGCUUGAAAAAAAAAACAUUAUGUCUGUUUGAAGUCUCAUUCUCGAGUUCAGGUUUUAUUUUUCGGUAGUUUUGAGCUUAUUAUCCGUGUCCUUCCUAAAACCGUCCGCAACAACCGUCUGAUUUUGUUCAGAAGUCGUGAACAAAACUAAUUUUUAAUCUCUUUCAGGAGGACGGGGCCAGUCUAUUCCGCCCCCGACCCCUGCCUCAGUCCCUCUACCAGGGCGGGGCGAGCGAAGACGUGACCAGCGACGAGGAGCGCAUGGUCAUCUGCGAGGAAGAGGGGGACGAUGAUGUCAUGGGUGAGUUAGAUGAACAGCAGCAUAGCGGUGUAGUGGUUGUUAAACAGACUGUUGCAUAACCACAAGGUCAUGGUUUCACUUCCCAUAACAAUCAGUGUGUCUUUAAAAAGCUUCGGCCUUCGUAGUCGAAAUGGCAAUGUCAGCAAAAACACGAGCUGAACGAAGUAAAAAAAAAAAAAAAAAAAGAUGCUGCGUCAUCGUCUGAGCUGCAGCUCUGGACUGUUAAUUACUAGUGUUAAAAUAUAGCAGUGACAAAGACACACAUUUGGGUUUGGUGGUGGUGAGAUAGAUCCAUCAGUGCUUCUCCUAAAUAGAAGUGAAAUCACAAUCAGGGAGCAAAGUUUAAAUGCUAACGUUUGAUAUCCAUGUCUCACCUUUAGAGGAUUCCUGUCCCGAAGGCUCCAUUGACCUCAAGUGUAAAGAGAGAGUAACAGACAGUGACGAGGACGAACCAGAUGGACAGGUAGCUGCACUGAUCUUCCACUGACUUGGGCCGCUGAGAUGAAUUCUUUCUUUCCUGACUGUGAAAACCUCAAUAUGAGAGCGGGAGCUGUUUGGCGUACCAUGACAUCACAGAUAAUCAAGUAAACUUUACAAUUCAUAACUUCCAGGAAUCAAGUAUUGGUCACAGGAAUAGCUGACGGUGACGAGAAGAGUAUUACAAAAGCAAAUACCACGAGUGGCCAGUGGGCAACAUUUUAUGUGAGGCUAAUUUUAGUCGCAGUUUUCUGGUCUUCAUCACAGCCUGUCUUUCUUUCACUUUGAAGCCUGUAUCGGUGGAUUAUCGGUCUCACAGCGUGUGAUCGUACAUGGCUGAAGCAGAACAGAAGGAUGAGAGACAUGAUGCUGUUUCAGCCUCUGUUACUCUACCUCCAACGCCAGCUCAACAUGUCUGUGACAUUUACAUUGACAGCCAGCCAUAACGCAGGCAUUAACAGCACUGUCUUAAAGGGAGCUGGAAAUAAACUCACUCUUAAUUAUGAUAGUCAUCUCGGUCUUCGCUCGCUGUGAAUGAGCGGAGUCUUACUGAGGCUGGAUUUUCACUGUCGAGUCCCGGAAAGUUAAACUUCAUUCUGCAUAUUAAAGUAUCAUAUCAUUAAUAGAAUCUUUUUUUCUUUCUGAAUUAAUUUCCCCGUCAAACUUUAAAAACCCAAAGAGUUACUAUAAGUUAAGAGACUUGUGUGUUCACAGAGAUGAGAGGAACUUUGCAUAGUAACUUUCUCACUUUGAUCUCUCUCUUCCUCCGUCUCUCUCUUCCCUGCAGCAUGGCUUCCAGCCAGUGGCUCGCUCCUCCCGCCCCUCUUCCUCACCCUCCAUCCCUCACUCUGACUCCACCUCAUCUAAAGGGAACAGCGGAGGGGGAGGAGGAGGAGGCGGCGGAGGAGGAAGUGGUGGUGGUGGCGAGGAGGGAUCUGAGAGGAACAAAAAGAGAGGUACAGACGGAGGAGAGGAGGGGAGUGAUGGAGGAUCACAGCGAGAGGAGACGGCAGCAGGUGGAGGAGAUGGAGGUGGGGAAAGUGGGCAGGGUGUUUCCUCUCUGUCCGUCACAGGCUCCACGUCCAGCACCCAGGCUCCCCUCACUUUGGCCCAGCAGGGUUUGACGCAGGUCCUCGGCAACGUUCGCAUGGCCCCCACAAUGGUGACCAAUGUGGUACGACCCAUCGCCAGCACACCCAUCCCCAUCGCCAGCAAGGCAGUGGAAGCGGCCGCCCCCCUCAGCUCUCUGCCCCAGGACAAGAAAACUACUCUUCUGAUUGGUGGAGGUGGACCUCAGCAGCUGCCAAUCUCUGCAGGGGGUGGGUACCUAUCCUCAUCCUCCCCUCCUGGUCCAGCCAGUGUACCCCCUUUGGGCAGCAGCAGCAGCCUGGUCACUAGUCUAGUUCUGGGUGGGUCCUUUCCUGCCGCCCAACCCGUGCAGCUUCUCACCCCGCAGCCCCCGCAGCCGCACGCACAACCCCCACUUCCUGUUCUCCACCCUACUGCUGCCACCUCCUCUCACACAGCUCCCGCCAGCCUCAAGCCACUAGCUCAGGUCCAGUACAUCCUGCCAACCGAGAGCCCCUCCUCCCCUCAACUCACCCACCAGCAAAUUCUCUCCCUGCCCACCAAUACCGCCCUGACGAAUGGCGUGCACUCUGGGGCGGGGAUCAGAGUGGCGUCAGUCAGCCCCGGGACCAGAGGUGAGACAGAGAGCAACAAUUGGCCUCUAUCUAAAAAAAGUGAGAAGAGUUUCAUCUCAAUGUUUCGCUGCCCCUCUGAAAACUUAAAGGUGUUUGUAUAUUUCUUGGAUUAUGUUUUUGUUGUAGUUCCGUUUUCUUAUUAAUCAUCUCCACAGGAAGCUCUGAAAAUAGAUUUGAUUGGCUUACAUAAUGGAGGGAAAAUGAUUGACAGGAGAAACACUGUUGACAUGAGUAUGAGCGCCUGCCUGCCGCCCACCCAUGCCUUAAUCACUCUCUAUUCAUAAGAGUCAGAAGCAGCCGAACAUUGUUCUAGCCUGUUAUCAGAGAGGAAUUUCACUAUUAUGAGUAUCUGAAAUGUCCUCUCCGUCUCAGUGUGUCUCCGCCCACCCGUCGCUCCUGAGCUUGUCCUCACCUCUCUGCUUUUGGCUCGAUUCAUGUGUUUCUCCAACUGAGUGGUUUUAAUUCCACCUCUCUCUCUCUCUCUCUCUCUCUCUCUCUCUCUCUCUCUCUGUCUGUCUGUCUUUCUUUCUCACUCAUUAGUCCAAACACAGUCGCCCGUCUUGCAGAGCAAGAUGUUGGUUCCCAUGGCAACAGUCAGAACAGGGUCUACUCCUCCUCAUCCUUCCAUUUCCCUGGUCGCUCCGCCUCUUCCUGUGCAGAACGGCCCCUCGACAGGAAACAAGGUAACUAACAAGUGUCAGCAGUUCAGAGAUAAAUAGACGCCGCUCUGUUUGCUGACAGGCGACAAGGUAGUUAAACCCUAAACAUCAGAGGAGACAGAGACGACUCGUGUUCUUGAAAAGUACAGAGUGGAUUACAGACGGUUAGGUAAGGGUUAGAAAGUUGCUUCAUGCUCAUGUGAUGCAUAUUUUCUAAAAACCAACAAGAGUUUUCACUGAAGUCAUUACUGGAGAAAAAUGAGGUUAUAUUUGCUGGUUUUAGCUUUAGAAGUACCGUGAUUUUCUGCCUCUUUCUCUGUGAUAUCACCAGAACUGAAUCAUUUUAGGGACUGGGUUGUCUGGUCUGAGCUUUUUUAACCAUCGUAGAACUCCUUUGACAAGUAUCAGGCAGACAUUUUUAACAUUUUACAGUUCAUGAAACAUAGACCUAGUCUCAGUGGAAAGAUUGUUGGUUUCUGUUGUGCAGUUAUGAGGCUUAUAAACAGAAGUUGCUGUAAUAGAAAUGCUAACUUAACCUGACAUAAACAGAGUCGAGGCAGACCUUAAUCUCACGCUAACAGCUGCAGUGGAGAAGUGGACUGUUUAUUUAAUCAUUCAGAACUUGUAUCUAAUGAGUUAUAAUGAGGUAUUAAAAAAACUCAACCCUGGUUCAGUGAAUGAGGAUAAAGAAAGGAGCUAUUCAGACCAAGACCAGCUGCAGACAUAUUCAUGUUUGCUCCAAUAAUGGGACUUGGAGAGUGGAAAAGUUUGUGGCUUCUGGGCUUUUGUAGUCAUCUAUAGACUGGCUUAGUUUUUAAAGACUGUGAGUAAUAACCUCUUCUGAAACCAAUGAGUUACAGUAUAGAGAUGACAUUAGUUUCUACAGUUUAUGAUUCCCUGAGAAUGGUCAUUAUUGAAGGCAUUAGCUGUUGGUUUAAAUAAAAAGUAUUUAAGGUCUUCGCCUUGGACUCCAGGAUCUUUAAAUUAGCUCAUUGAACAUUUUAAGGAUUAGAAUUUCAAAGUAAAACAUUUCUAGAUUAACAAUUUACAUUAAGAAUGACUUAAUUUUCUCUCUCUGGCAUUUUAACUUGAAAUUUAGUGAGAAAUUUGAUGUGGAGAGUGAAAGUUUGAGACUGCAGUGACGCAGAAGGGACUGUUUAUUCAAACAAAGUGCUGGAGUUAUUCAGAGAACCAUGAAACCAUAUUUGAUAUUUAUAAGCUUGUCUCACACGAAACAUAACAGAUAAAUGUUUAAUUGUCAGAUGCGUGUUUGCUGAAAAAAGCCGGGCUGCUCUGUGUCUAUUUUCAGAGUCGGUGAGAUUAUUCUUUUGUUUUUAUGUUUCUCUUUUUUUCCCUUGAAGAUCAUCCAGAUCGCUCCCAUGCCUGUGGUCCAGACCAACGUUCACCCUAGCGCUGCAGCAGCAGUGCAUCCUGGGAGCCCUUUUCCUGUUUCUGUGGCAACGGUGAUGGCUCCUGGUGCCGCGCCUCCACAGACCGUUCUCCUGACCUCUCCACCCACCAGGUCACUCACACAGGCCGAACACCUGAAAGACAACAGCAUGUUCCCGCUUUUUAUUUUCCUCCACCAGCUGGUCGGAGAUCUCGCUGAGAUACUGCAGUUCAGCAGCGUUUCUAAAGCUGUCAGGCUUUGACUUUGACCGGUUACAUUGAUCGGUGUAUAAAAAUAAUCCGUACAUCCCUUGGAGUGGUUUAAAAUGCAGAUUAAUAUAUUCCUGUUUGACUGGAAUAAAUUAUGAAGUUGUCUCUAAAUCAUAAACGUGUUAUUAAAACUGUUGUUGAUAAUGAAAUGAUGGAUUAAUGCUCCUCACUUCUUUGCAUGUCUGUGAAAACAAAAGUGAAGCAGUUUGUUUGCAGUUUGUGUCCGUGCCAAUAACUACACACGGUGAUGUUAGCUUUCCUCUUCAUGUUUUGAUUUGUAAUAUUUUGUUUUGACUCUCCACACUCUUUUGUUUAGGAUCACUUAUGUCCAAUCUGGUCCAGGAGUUUCAACGGCGACGCCCCAGCAGGCCACGCCCACCCAAGGCCCGGCGUAUCUCCAAUCAUCUCUGACAACUCUCGGCUUCGCUGCAGUCGCCCCUGCCGGGCAGACCCUGGUUCAGCCAAUCGUUGGUCAGCCACCCCUUUUAGCUCCAGCCCCGCCCCUGAGCUGUCAAUCACAGACCCCCCCAGGUCAGGCCUCAGGGACUUCUGUGCGUCAGGUAAAUAAAACCCUGUAAACGUUGGCACCAAAGACUGCUGAAGUUGUUUGGUCAUGAGGAAAAUUAAAAACUUGAAUGUCAAAAGAAGUCAAAAGCUUUGAAUAGGAGGCGCAUUUAAGAGACGUCUGGCUUUUCAUCCGCUUCAAAAGGUCAUUGAUAGACAUGUGAAGGUCGCUGAAGUCCAAGCAGUUUAUUAAUUUAUGAAUCUUUUCAUUUAUAAGUUUUACUUUUUAGUUUUUUUCACUGAAGUUUUUAAUUUUUUUUAAUUUCACAAAAAGUCUGUCAUUUUUUAUUAUGGCGCAUGAAUUCAUUAAACUUCAUCAAAAGUUUCUGGUGUUUGAAAAGGCUGGAGCUCGUGCAGUCGAAGAGGCGGAGGGCUCAAUGGUGCCUGAUGCGGCGUUCUGGCAUCAAUAAAUCAUUAGUACAUUUGUUUUGAAGGAAAUUUCUGUAAACAAACAUGGAAAGUAUUGAGCCUCUGUAAUUUACAUUUCGUGGUACAGUCCUUUAGAAAAACUGAAGCCAGUUUUCAUUUGAGGAAAAAUGAUAAACACCAUUUAACUUUGACUUGUCUCUGCCUCGGCUCAGAAUCUCUCCUCUUUUCCAAAAAUCCGUUCACACCUCUCAUCCGUCUUUUUUUCACUUCUGUCUCCCACAUACUACACCUUUCUCAUUUCCUCACUUUCUUCUCCAUCAGGUACUUACUGCCAUCUACCCUGCACCAACCAUUGCACUGCCUACUGGUGUGGUCUCCGUGACAACCGUGCCACCUGCAGUGGCCGCCCCAGCCCAGGACCUGAUGAAACCCUCCUCUCCGUUGGCAACAGGGGUGGAGGGUUCACCGGUGGCAACCCCUCAGCCAAAAAUGGCGAUGGAGCUGGAGCCGAAGGUGGAGGUGAAGAAGGAAAUCCAGACUGAUGGUCUAACGGAGGACACGGGAAGAGGGUUUUCGAGCUGUGCUGCUGGUUCCUUAUUGGCCGCCUGUAUGAGCGCUGCAGCAGGUAAAGCUCCUCUGGGUCUCUGAUAGAGGUUUAACUUUCUGUGUCGGUUUCUCUGCUGGAAAGCGGGCAACCUUUUGACCCAAAUCCAAACUAAAUAAUGACACCACUAUAGACCGAUCCGAUGUAUUUCUAUCUCUGGCGCUCUUUUGUAGGCGUGCACUUUAAAUUUGUUGCAGAACCAAAAGACACUUUACAAAUCGUGUAUCUUUUUUCUUAACAUGAAGGACAUUUAUCCGUCCGCUUUGAUUCUCUUUGUUUUCAGAGGAUUAAAAAGAUUUUUUAAAGUAAAAUGUGCACUUCUUUAAAGACGGGUUUUAUGCUCUUUUCAAGCGUCAUAUUGUCCUGCUGAUAGUUUUGUUAGUAGUCUAUUUAAUACGAAGCAUUUCUCUGUUCAGAAUGAGGAAAUAUGAAAUAUCGUCGUCUGUUUCGGACUCCAGAUCUGACCUGGGAAGUUUGGAAAUGAACAUAAAAGCUGAGUGGUGAAGUUAGUAUUUUAGUGAAUCUUGUACCGAGUCUGUUCAGGACAGCUCUGCAAUCUCAUCCAAGGAUUUCUUCCACAUGUGUUCAAGAAGAAGGGAAAUUCAAAAGCCUCAAAAUUCGAUAUCAAACUCUUAAAGUUACAGAAAUAUUUGUUUGUUCAAGAUGAAAAAAAACCAACAACUCAAAAGUUUAGAAAAAGUGAGAAAGGUCACAGAGUUUCUUUUUGAAUCAAAGCUUGAAAACCGUCUUUUCAUCUCUUACAGUGAAAAAAGAGGAUGACAUCUGUUUGCGGAUCAAAGAGGAAAAUCUGAGAGAUGGACACAGCCGAGAGACGCUGAGCAUGAUGGACAAAGAGCGAGAGAGGGGGAUGAAGGAGAACAGCGAAAAGAAGGGAGACUCGGAGACGGACAAAGAGGACAUCAGCAGGAGAGACAGCAGCAAAGAGGUGAGAAAAGACGUCCCUGUCACACUCAUUUCUGAUCAAACCUCAAGUUUACUGAAGCUUUGCUCGAGGAGCUUUCAAGGCCAGACAAAGAAUUUUUACUUUUUCAAAGUUCAGGGAAAAACAAAUUCUCCACUUUAGAAAAAUAUUUUAGAGGGAUUCUUUUUUACUGUCAUGAGUUUAAUUUUUGCAUUUUAUCAGCAGUUUUUUACCAACGUUAUUUUAAACCCUAUAAUAUUAAUCUGAAAAGGAGACGAGAGAGAAACUCACAUCCACCCGUAUGUUUAAAAAAGCCGGAGGAAGAAAAUAUGCUUCAUACUCACAGUAAAGAGAGUCAUGAUAAAGUUCAAGACUGAUCUGACACAGACCCGCAGGCGUGAGCGCAUCAUCCCCAUCCUGGCGUCCUUACACUGGCUCCCAGUUCAGUACAGAAUUCAUUUUAAGCUUGUAAUAUUUGUUUUUAAAGGCCUGAACAAUCUUGCUCCACCUUACAUUUCCGAGAUGCUCCAGCCUUACUGCCCACCCCGACCCCUAAGAUCAGCUGAUUAGCUGUUAUUGACGGUCCCCAAUACAAGGCUGAAGCUCAGGGGUGACAGAGCGUUUGCUGCAGCUGCUCCCGAGCUCUGGAACGAGUUGCCCUUGACAAUUAGACAGGCCUUGUCAUUUCCUGUUUUUAAAUCCCUUUUAAAAACGCUCUUUUAUUCCUUUAUUAUUUAUUCCUAUAUUUUCAUCUUAGCACUUGCCGUGAGCCUGCUUAUUUAUAUAUUCAUCUAUUUAUUGCAUUUAUGUAUUUUUGCUCGCUCUGUCUCGUUCUUUGCUUGUUUUAUUUGUUUUUAUGUCACAUUGUACAGCACUUUGGCUACCCCUGUGGUUCUUUUAAAUGUGCUAUAGAAAUAAAGUUGAUUGAUUGAUUGAUCUCAUCCCUCUCCCGUCAGGCCGGACCUCGUUCCACUCCUCCAGCAACCUCAGGUUUGGACCCUCCCCCUCCCCCCCUGGAAAGAGAGCCUCCCUCUUCCUCAAAGAAGAUCAAGUUCAGACCCCCACCACUCAAGAAGACACCCGAUUCUCUCGACAAGUAAGAAUCAAACUGUCACCUCAAGCUCAUCUCUUUUAUCGAUUCUGGUAUUUUGUGACUUCUGAAUCGAAAUGAACUUUCAGUGUGAAAAGAAAUUGGUUGAUACUUAAAGCGGACUGUGAGACCUCUAGUGUUUUGUUAUAAUUUAAUCCCUGUCUUGUCUUUAACUGUGAGGAAAGCUUUGUAUUUAAGUCCAGAGCCUCUCUCAGUGAUCAGACUUUAGUUAUCUUCUUUGUAGAAUCAGUGCCAAACUCAAACAAAACAAGUCUGCCGCAUCCUUCUGUCUUUUUGGUCAAUCUCAGACAAUGUUCUCUGAAUUUUAACAGUUUACAUUUUCUCAAGCUGAGAGGGCUCAUAUAACACUAUCUUGUCUUCUGUCAUUACGGCACCGAGCAGCUUGAAGACGAGAUGCAAAAAUCUGGAAAGGACUCCGUUUGUUGACUUUGUUUAACACUGAUUUUCACACAUUAGUGUCAUCAAGCUCCAAUUUUAGUUUUCGACCAAACCUCCAACUUUGUGAAAUUAUGUAGAAGCUCUUUGUGUGCUGGGUGUGAGUGGGUGGAGAGCUCACCCUUUAUAUUCUUUAUUUAGACGGAGGCAGAGUGGUGCUGAGGUCACAGGGAAGAGAAAGCCUCGGCAGCUCUCAGCCCUCAGGCAUGAGAGAGAGGUUUCAAUUCAGAGGACAUCCCUAGAUAUUGUUUCCAACAGAUUACUGGGCAGGGGAUCGACAUGACCGCUGUGUUCUCUGUGUGCAGGGUCCUGUCUGAGACGUACUUCGAGGAGCGCUUUGCUGAGCUUCCAGAGUUUAACCCUGAGGAGGUCCUUCCUUCGCCCACUCUGCAGAGUCUGGCCACCUCACCUCGAGCCAUCCUGGGAAGCUACCGCAGGAAGAGACGUAACUCUACCGGUGAGAGAGAGGCAGAGAGAGACUCACAGAGUUAGAUCAAGCAAAAUACCUGCAGUGAUACAGAACAAACGCAGGAAUAGAACCCUGUUUGGAUCAAACCUGCACCGCCGAGGGGCUUUGUCUAAUUUAGAAACUGCUGACCUCAAGUGGGACACAUCUGCAGGGAAGUUUUCUGUCAUUCUCCCCCAGAAAUGAUGAGAAGGGCCUUUGUCUUACUAGUUUAUUCCCAUUCAUAUAAACAUGUUUGAAAAACUUCCAUUAGGAAGAUCGACUGUUGCUCAAGAUUUUGCUCCUCAGUAGGGCUGGGAGAUAUGGACCAAAAGUCAUAUCCCGAUAUAUUUAGGCUGAAUAUCGAUAUACGAUAUAUAUCCCGAUAUUGUUAUUUUAAAGUGAGAGCAAAUAUGACAUGUCACAAGUAGUUCUAUUUAAACUGAAAUUAUAAUCAGCUGUUCAAAGAACAAUGAAAUGGAAGGUUGAAAUGCAUUCACGCUCCUCCCGGCUCUAAGGGUAGAAAUACCUACAUGCACACGGCUUUCCGAGUCGAGAUGAGCAGCCGCGCUCCCGGCUUCGAAGGUUGAAAUGCGUUCAUGCUGUCCCGGUUUAAAUGGGUUAAAGAUUUUGUGUGAGAAACACCAGCCUGUCAACAACAGCAUCUGAUAUCUGUAUAUCUAUAUAUGCGAUAUGGUCCAGUUCCAUAUCUCAUUUAAAAAUGUAUCGAUAUAUUUUUUAUACGGAUAUAUCGCCCAGUCCUACUCCUCAGGUGGGUUUGAGUUUGCUCGCUCUGCCAUCGAUCUCACACUGUUAAGUAAGACCAGACUCCAGAAUGCUGUCAGUGGUCCAUUAAUUACCAACACAGAUCUGGAAACAGGCACAAAAAACUGAAACCUUGCUUCGUAGUAUGGCUGGUUUACACAUCAUUUAUGCGUAACAGUAUACAGGUUUUGGAGUAGUGUAUGCUCACAUCCAGACACCCUUUUUUAGGUCAGACUUUGACCGCUUUUUCACCACAGCACUGUAGUAGAAGAGUCCGGGUGCUAGACUGUCCUGUGUGUGGUCCAGAAUCGUCCCCCACUGGAAACAUUUGGCAGGUCAUGACCUGAAAAACACGACAAAGGAGACUCUGAGCUGUUGAGCGGCUGAAAUCCUUUAUUGAUUUUACUUUCUGCGCUUCAGGAACUAGUUUUAAUUUCCAAACAUUGAGAGAGUUCAGUUAAACAAAGAGGUGAUGUAACACAAAGGUCAACAUGCCCCUGUCCCAACUUUUUUACUCAGUUUCAGCGUCCAGUUUGUUGUCUUGGUACUACAUUUGAAUAAAUAUUUAACUUUAAUAAUUUACAAACAAUUAGAUUCUGUCUUUAUUAUCAUUUGGAAUCAAACAUCCUUCCCUUCUGUUUUAUCCUAUCACCUUCUUCUAUUCUCUUCUUUUCAUAACCUCUUGUGAAAUAUUUCUUCUUUCUUAUCGUAUUUCUUUUCCUACUUCUCUUCCUGUUGUGUAUCUAGAGCUGGAGCCAACAGCAGAAGAGCCCAGCUCUCCAAGGAGGAAGACUCGGCGCCUCUCCAGCUGCAGCUCGGAGCCCAACACCCCCAAGAGUGCAGCCAAGUGUGAGGGAGAGAUCUUCACCUUCGACAGAGCAGGUCAGACGGCUACACCAGGUAUAAUAGCUGCAGGACUGCUCCAAAAUCUGUACCAAUAUCAGUCUGACGUUCUCUUUUUUAAAAACCAGGUACAGAAGGAGAGGAAAUUCUUGGAGAAAUCGACCGAGCCCCCUAUUCUUCCCUGCGUAGAACUCUGGAUCAGCGCCGUGCCCUGGUCAUGCAGCUGUUUCAGGAACACGGCUUCUUUCCUUCAGGUAGACCACCAGUGGACAGGAUAUGAUCAUAGACUGUAUAUAGAAUGGACGCCGUCUGCCUCCUCGCUGGGUGAAGCCACUCCGAGAACAGCACCCUCUGUUGGCGGGCUGCAGUAUAGGUCAUAAAUCCGCCAGCAAAGCUUUGGGGCUGUGUCCCCUCUGCUUGUGAUGUUGACAUGUAGUUACUGUCAGACUGGUUUGUGCUCAAGUCCUCGUUUUUAAAAGUUAUUAGGGGGUUCAUGUUUUCUAUGAUUGACACCUAAUACAGCCUAUGGGUGUACGAAGAUUGCGUAGCUCACUCGGGGGAUAUUCUGUUUGAGCCGAGCGUCAUCACAGUGACUCUCCCGCCGAAUGCGUACAACGCUACUGCACAAUUUUGGUUUCAGGAAAUGGAGAGAAAACGCGGAAUUACUCAGAGCUUUUCGGCUUCAAAUCCGUACACUGGCAGGAGGCGGAACCAAGUUGUCUGUAGUAUAUACAGUCUAUGGAUAUGAUGAAAUACAUUUUAAAUGUUUAAUUCUACUUAAGCGAGAGAAAACCAAACCACAGUGUGCCUGAGGUAAAGUGUCUCACAUGAUGACACCUGUACUUGUCUAUGAGCUGUUAUAAUCAGAGCUGUACCUUCUGGACUCAAUGCAGUUUUGAACCCCUUGUAUUUUCUGGACUACAAGACACACGAGACAAGACUACAGCCCGGUUUCUCUAGGGUGUCCAGGAGAUAAAGGUUUAAACGGCCUCCUGUGUGAAGACUUCAUCUUUAGGUUUCAGUGAAGCUCCAGCUGAUACCUUUUCUAAUUUGCGCUCCUCUCACGCUUCACUUUUCCGUCUUUUUUCUCUCCUUCCAGCUCAGGCCACUGCUGCCUUCCAGGCACGCUACUCGGACACCUUCCCCACCAAGGUGUGUCUGCAACUAAAGAUCCGCGAGGUGCGCCAGAAGAUCAUGCAGACAGCCACGCCAGGAACCCUUGAGCUCGGAGGGUCAGCCGAAACCAGCCCCGCCCCGUCCCACAGCUCCUCUUUCAAUCAAUCAUCUCGGGAGGAAGGAGGGGCGGAGCAGCCAGGAGACAAAGGCCGGGGCCCCGAGGAGCCAAAAAGUGAAGGAUCAUAAGCAGGAGUGGAUGAAAAAACAGGAAAAUCAAGGAGAAGAAGAAGAAAGAGUGGGAGGAGUGUCGCCCCGCAGAAUGUUCUUGUAUGUGUUGCACCAGUACUCCAGCGGGACCUGAUCCACCGGCACUAAAUCUUCACCAGACCUGGGCAAAAAAAACAGACAAACAAAAACAUUUGAAUACAGUCACAAAUAUUCAAACCACUCAAGGUGCGCUUGAUUUGUCGAAUCAAAAAAACGGAGCCUCAAAAGUGGAUGAAUAACAUGCAAGUCUUGAUGGGUCAAGAUCCCCUUUGAGUUUUUCUUUUUCUUUUUUCCAGUUAUCAAGAAUAUUUGCAGUUCAAGCUUUGCCCAGGUCUGCUCUCAGCACAUUUGUACAGUAGUUUGUAGUUUGACACACAAACUCUGUGGUACAUACUCUAUCUCCAGCACACACACGCACACACACAUAUACACACAAACACUGGUGCAUAUGUAAUCUCCAGCAUUCACAUGAUCCCUCACAAACACAUAUGCACACACACACACACGUACACCCUUACCAAAUCAGACUGUUACUCUUGGUUGGCAGUCUUCAGGGGCCGCCACCAAGGACCAUGACACACAAAGGCACUUUGUCACUUAUUGUGCAGAUGCAGUUUGCUGUUGCCAGCCAGCCAGCCAGCCCUCAGAUGCCAUUGACUUGACCUCCUCCUCGCCCCUCCACUCCUCAGCACAGUGGUCGGGACACAAACACAACCCCAACGACCUCCACUUAUAUUCCACAGCCCCUCGAUGCUGCAAGACAGACAGCACACACACACAGACACACACACACACACACACACGCAUAUAAAUAUAUGAUGUACAUUACACAUUUACACACAAACAUGGACACAUCUGUGCAGUGUGAGCACUCGUACACAAACAUAGUCAACCCUGGUCUGACCAAGCCAUCGGCCUGCACAGUUUUUAGUGAUUGUAGUGAGAAGAGAAGCUGAAAGCAUGACACCUUUUCGCUCCUGGAAAACAGAACGGAAACAGGAGUUGGGAUGUAGUGUGACCAAUAUUUGCACCUUCAGUUAUUGCCAUUUUGAAAGACUGAGUCCUUAUUGGCGGGAGCUGAUUAUAUAUGUCUGUAUGUCUGUUGGGGUGCCGUCCCCUAAACCUGUGUGAACAGGCUCCAUAAAGAGAUUAUGUAAAGAGACUAAUGGUUGUGAGGCUUUGAAGAAUCAACGUGAAGUUCGACACUGACUGGCUCCCAACAGAGCAGAGGGAAAAUGCAGAAGAAGAAGAAGAAGAGGAAACUGGAUUAGGACAGAAGAUACAUAUUCCAACCACAGGAAGACACAUAAUAAUAGUGAAUAAGGACAACAACAACAACAACAGAGCGAAAAAGUAGAAUUUAACCAAACUUCUCUGAAUCUCCCAGUGGAUAUAAUGUUGCUUUCUCUCGUUAUCGUUGCCGUGGAAAUAACCAGUUUUACCGUGGCCUGUUUUUCUCUCGUGGCUCUAUUGUGUUUCUUCUCCAGCGUAAAAAAAAAUCACAACAAAAAAGAAAAAAACUUUGGACAAAGAAGGGGACAAAUCAGUUGGUGGCAGCCCCUACUUUCAAUCAUACCUGGGGCGGUCCUCCACCUCCCCCUCUCCCCUUUCCUCUGCUACUAUUUCUCACCAGACACAGAAGUGGGGGAGCAGGGGUGAUUGUCGUUUUGUUAAAAACGCAGAAAUCAGGUGUUUGCACAAUUUGUGUGGCCCCUCUUGUCUGGGACCGCCGCAAGUUAAAUCAGGAAAGUAUUGUUUUUAGAGAUUGUUUUAGUAGAAAAAAUAAGAACCUUGUUCCGUAUGUUAUGAACCUCUUUCCCUCCUCUGUCCUCCUUUCUUCCCCCUCUCCCUUUUCCUCCUUUCCCCCUAAGUCCUAUCCAUCCUACCUUCCUUACCUCUGUUGGGUCACUGAGACCCCCCUCAAGUGUUGUUAGAAAGUGCCCUUAAGCACUGGUCCCGGGUCAAGCGCUAUGUAGCUCAGGAUGGCUCUGGUUAGGGUUAGUUCAGGGAAAGCAGAUCCUAGACCAGCCCUGGAGGGCAGUCUCUGGAGCCCUCCCCUCUUCCCUCUCUUCUUGACACUUUAUCCUUUCCCGUCAAAUGGUGCAAUAGGACAUUUAUUUUUUGGGAAGUGGGAGGGUUAUUUUGUUUCUGGGGAAAGGCUCUGUGCCAUAGAUAUUGCAGUUGGUCAGUGAGAGGAAUGAGCUGUUGUGAUAUUAUCUUUAACUAAGGUAUAAAAACAAUCACACGAUUAUUGUUCUUGUCGGAAAGAUAGAGGGGUUAACUUACUAAAAGUCAAAGACAACUUUUGAAUAGCACUUUUUGGCUCUUUGCUUCCUUGGUGAAGAGUGGGGGUAGUUAUUAUUAUGGGUAUCUCUUUUGUUUCUCUGUAUACAGUUGGAUGUGUGCAAAAAUAUAUAUACCGGUAUUUCCAUAUUUGUGCAUUUAGGUCUGUGUUUGGGUGUGUGUGAAUGUUUUAGCACAUGCAAGUAGUAUGUGUACACAACCAACCUCUUGUUCUUUCUCCACACAGCAACAUAAUCAAUAGUAUAUUUUUCAUUGUAUUCUACAUUCUAUAUUCUACUCUAGAGACAGUAUUUUUAUAGUCACCAUGACUAUUUUGUCCACCAUCUUGACUGUUAUUGAACCCAGCUGAUUCAGGAUAUAUAUGCGAUAUAUAUUCAGGAUACAUGAUAUAUAAACAUAUAUAAAGACACAGGUAAUAGAAGACUAUCAAUUCACUUCUCUGGGGUUAGGGCUGUUAAGUGUACAUCUGCAUGCAUGUGCAAUCACAUGCACACUUGCACACACACCCACACAGACAUAUGUGCAUACACACACAUGUAUGCGUGUACACUGUAUGAUUGUGCUUAAAAAUAAACUGUCCUUACUUUGGAGAAGGAAUUUUAGGAUGAGCGAGGUGAGUGUUAUCUCAUAAGCAGGCAUGUUGACCAUGUGCAAUAUUUCUAAACAACAACAAAAAACUAAAUAUUGAAAAUAUUAAAGAUCUAACACAAUGUUGUA